AUGUCGGGAGGGGCGGCGAACGCGUUCUGCUGCGUCCGUCCUCCCGGGCACCACGCCGAGCCGGACAGGGCAAUGGGUUUCUGCUUCUUCAAUAACGCCCCCAUUGGUGCCCUCCACGCGAAGGCGGCGCACGGCAUCGAACGCGUUGCGGUGGUCGACAUCGACGUUCACCACGGGAACGGUACCCAGGCGCUGUUCGAGGAGGACCCCACGACGUUCUACGCCUCCACCCACCAGGGCCCCGAGUUUUAUCCCGGUACCGGGUUCGACGACAUCACGGGGGUUCAGAGCAACAUUGUCAACGUCAGCAUGGGAGACGGAGAAGGUUCCGGUGGAUUCCGCACGGCGUACACGGAGAAGAUUCUGCCCGCUCUGGAAGGGUUUCGACCAGGCCUGAUCGUGAUUUCUGCAGGGUUCGAUGCCCACGUCGACGACCCCCUGGCGGGCAUCACGCUGGACGAGGACGACUACCGCUGGGUCACGGAGAGGAUCUGCGACGUGGCAGAGAGGGUGUGCGGCGGGCGCGUGGUGUCCAUCCUGGAAGGCGGCUACAACCUGCAGGCCAUCUCGGACAGCGCCGUCGCCCACGUCCAUGCGCUUCGACAAGGCGCCGCCGCCGCACCAGCACCAGCACCAGCACCAGCACCAGCACCAGCACCAGCACUAGCACCAGCAACGGGACCAGCAGCAACGAAGGAAACAACACGAGCAGCGGCAGCGAAGAGUCCGGCCGAAGCCCCGCCGUCGGGUAAAAGCAUCGCCAUGAAGGAAGGGGGUUCGAACGGGCCUGGCGUUGGAAGCCCUGGGAGUUCCUCCUUGGUAGAAGAGGUUUCCAGGAACGACGGGGGUAGCAGCGGCGGCGGCGGUGGCGGUAGCGACACCAACGUUGCACCAACGACCGUGCCGACGGCCGCCGCGGCGGCGGCGGCGGCGGCGGCGGGGGUCGCGGAGGCUUCCGCUGACGGCGGUGGAGGACAAGAAGGACAGGGUGUCGUGGGCGAGUCGGAAGGGUGCGACACGUCGUUGGGAGUGAGGCCGGAGGAGCACGAGGAGAUCGACUUGAUGCUCGCCCAGCUGAGCCUCGAAGAUGCCGAUUGACGAGACAGCAGCGGGAAGGAUGCCCCGAAUCCGUUGUAGUGGCAGGGGAAAGCGACAGUGACCACUUUUAGAACGCGGUGUAGGUGUCUUGGAGAGGCAAACACUGGGUGGAGUUGUUUUACAACGACGUUGGUUUUUUAAGCGUUGACACAUGGCAGAGGAGUACAGAGGGGAGGAUGGGUGGUAUUAAUAGUUCUCUUCGUGACCGACCGUCCGUGUGUGUGCGGGGGGAUUUGUUGAUAUACAUAGUAUAUGUGUACCGCAAUGUCUCGUUUGGGAUUUGGAGACUGCGGGCGGUGAAAAAGAAAAGAGGUUGUGUAGCAAUGUGUAGCAACGGGACGACACCUGGAUGUUCGUUAUUUGUGUUGAUGAGUCCUGACGUGCACCGCAGACGUGUUUCGUCGGGGAUGUACUGUAGUGCAUGUAAUGCCUAUGUGGCUUUUACCAAUAGUGUUUAUUACGCAUCAGUCAUUACGAGUCUACUUCUGAAUCUACGCUGCGCACCUUCGGUGGCUCUUGAUUGUCGUUGGGCGUGUGUAGGUCGUCUUGUGAAGAUAGCAACGUGUGUGCAUGGUGAUUUGU